AUGAGACCGCAAACUGUUUGGCGGUCAAUUGGCCUACUGCAACGCCAGUCUCUUUCUCGCCCAUUAAUCACUCGUCGAGCUAUUCAAACAGCUAGUCCUCGUCCGGUUCCCAACUUCGCUUUUGCAUUCGACAUCGAUGGCGUCCUUCUCCGCGCGUCGAAACCUAUUCCCGGUGCCGCUGAUUCACUGGCCCUCCUGAAGGAGCAAGGCAUCCCUUUCAUUCUGCUCACCAAUGGUGGGGGUAAACAUGAGACAGAGCGUGUCGCGGAUAUUAGCAAAAAGCUAGGCAUCCAUUUAGAUGCCACGGACAUUGUCCAGAGCCACUCGCCCUUUGCUGAGCUGGUCAAAGGAUCGGAUGAGUCAAGCCCCCUGGAGCACAAAUGUGUGUUAGUGGCCGGUGGUGAUGGGGAUAACUGUCGGCGCGUCGCAGAACAGUACGGGUUCAAAAACGUUGUCACCCCGGCGGAUAUUCUCAUGGCCAAUCCAGCUAUUUGGCCGUUCUCAAACAAUUUCGUCGAUUAUUACAAGACAUUUGCCCGUCCGCUUCCGAGUCCCAUUGACUUGAAUGACCCAUCAAAGAGCUUGAAGGUCGACGCCAUCUUUGUAUUCAACGAUCCUAGGGACUGGGCAUUGGAUACUCAGGUGAUUAUGGACCUCCUGCUUUCGGAGCAGGGCCGUAUGGGUACUCUAUCCGAGAAGAACGGCCGGAUCGAUCUUCCCAACCACGGUUACCAGCAGGACGGCCAACCUCACCUGUACUUCUCUAACCCAGACCUGUGGUGGGCAGCCGCCUAUCCCUUGCCGCGUCUUGGUCAGGGUGGAUUCCGAGAAGCACUCGAGGGUGUUUGGGCUGCGACUACUGGUGGUGCCAGCAAGGGCAUUGAGUUGAAGAAAACCGUCAUUGGGAAGCCUUACCACCCCACUUACGAGUUUGCAGAGCGUCAAUUACUUCGGAAUCGCCUGAGGAAUUUCGGUACCUCUACAGAGCUUCCUCCCCUGGAGAGAGUCUACAUGGUUGGCGAUAACCCAGAAUCGGAUAUUCGAGGAGCCAACUCCUACCGCAGUAAAUUCGGCAGCAGCUGGCAAUCGAUCCUUGUUCGCACUGGCGUGUACAGUGGUGGAGAGCCUGCCUGGGUUCCCCAGACAAUUGCUGACAAUGUACACAAGGGUGUUCAAUGGGCACUGAAGAGCUCGAGCUGGCCUGUUGCGUGA